UGUCUCCAAUCAGCUCCAGCACAGGAGGACUAUCCUGACUCCUCAAAUCGCUGCAUUUUGGAUGGGAAAUGGGGCUUCUGACAGGGAAAGAUGACUAUAAAGUGGCGGCGACUUCAGAAGAUGGAGUCAAAACGCCUAAAAAAGGGAAAAAGAACAAAAAGGACAUGGACGAACUGAAGAAAGAAGUGGAAAUGGAUGAUCACAAACUAACAAUGGAGGAGCUGAGCAGAAAAUAUGGCACUGAUCUGACAAAGGGCUUGCCUGUUUCUCGAGCGAUGGAAGUCUUAAUGCGUGAUGGACCAAACGCCCUGACUCCACCGGUUAUAACUCCAGAAUGGGUGAGGUUCUGCCGGCAACUCUUUGGUGGAUUUCAGACUCUGCUGUGGAUCGGUGCAUUUCUCUGCUACUUUGCAUUUUCGAUCCAGGCUGCAACGGAAGAGCCAGUAAAUGACAAUCUGUAUCUAGGAAUUGUGCUUACCUUUGUGGUCACAGUCAAUGGAUGCUUCUCAUACUCUCAAGAGGCAAAGAGCUGUAGAAUCAUGGAUUCCUUCAAGAACCUCGUUCCUCAGAAAGCCCUGGUUGUGCGUGAUGGAGAGAAAAAGAUCAUUGAUGCUGAAGAGGUAGUUGUGGGUGAUCUUGUUGAGGUCAAAGGUGGAGACAAAAUCCCAGCUGAUAUUCGCAUCGUAUCUUCACAUGGAUGCAAGGUGGACAACUCUUCCCUGACUGGAGAAUCUGAGCCCCAGAUUCGCACUGCAGACAUGUCUAGUGAAAACCCACUGGAGACAAGAAACAUCGCAUUUUUUUCUACCAACUGUAUUGAUGGUGCUGCCAGAGGGAUUGUUGUCAACACCGGUGACCGCACUGUCAUGGGUCGCAUUGCAUCACUUGCCUCCAACCUGGAAGGUGGACAAACACCACUUGGCCGAGAAAUCGAGCACUUCAUCCACAUCAUCACCGGUGUAGCUGUUUUCUUGGGCACGACCUUCUUAAUUAUCUCCGUGAUGCUUGGCUUUACUUGGCUAGAGGGCAUCAUUUUUCUUAUUGGGCUCAUUGUCGCUAAUGUACCUGAAGGUCUCCCUUGCACUGUAACUGUGGCUCUGACUCUCACUGCCAAACAUAUGGCAAAGAAAAACUGCCUGGUGAAGAAUCUUGAAGCUGUGGAGACUCUUGGUUCAACCUCCACCAUUUGCUCGGACAAAACUGGAACUUUGACCCAGAACCGGAUGACUGUCGCUCACAUGUGGUUCGACAACCAGAUUCAUAUAGCCGAUACCACAGAGAACCAGACUGGAGCCUCAUUUGACAGGAGCUCAGCUACUUGGUCUGCUCUCGCACGUGUUGCUGGCCUUUGCAAUCGUGCUGUCUUCCAGUCAAAUCAGAGUCAUCUUCCAGUGCUUAGGAGAGAGACAGCUGGUGAUGCCUCAGAGUCUGCACUGCUGAAGUGUAUUGAGCUGUGCUGCGGUUCAGUCACUGAAAUGAGAGAAAACUACCCAAAGGUUGCUGAGAUCCCGUUCAACUCCAUUAGCAAGUAUCAGCUCUCAAUCCAUGAGAAUCCCAAUUCCUCAGAGCCAAAACACCUCCUGGUGAUGAAGGGAGCACCUGAGAGAAUCUUGGAUCGGUGUUCGACCAUUUUAAUUGAAGGAAAAGAGCAUCCUUUAGAUGAUGAAAUGAAAGAGGACUUUCAGAAUGCUUAUGUUCAACUUGGAGGUCUUGGAGAAAGAGUCCUGGGUUUCUGCCACUUUGGCCUUCCUGAUGAUCAGUUUCCUGAGGGUUUUGCAUUUGAUACUGAAGAAAUGAACUUCCCCACUGAGAACCUGUGCUUUGUUGGCCUCAUGUCCAUGAUUGAUCCUCCUCGUGCCGCUGUACCAGAUGCUGUGGCCAAAUGCCGGAGUGCUGGAAUCAAGGUAAUCAUGGUUACUGGUGACCAUCCGAUCACAGCAAAGGCUAUUGCAAAAGGUGUCGGCAUCAUCUCAGAAGGCAAUGAGACAGUGGAUGACAUCGCUGCUCGGCUGAAAAUCCAUAUUGAUGAGGUGAAUCCAAGAGAUGCUAAGGCCUGCGUGAUCCAUGGAGGAGAACUGAAAAAUAUGACAGAUGAACAGCUGGAUGACGUCCUUCAACAUCAUACAGAAAUUGUGUUCGCCAGAACGUCUCCACAACAAAAGCUGAUCAUUGUGGAAGGAUGUCAGCGACAGGGUGCCAUUGUAGCCGUAACCGGUGAUGGAGUCAAUGAUUCUCCAGCUCUGAAGAAGGCUGACAUUGGUGUGGCUAUGGGUAUUGCUGGAUCUGACGUAUCCAAACAGGCUGCUGACAUGAUCCUUCUGGACGACAACUUUGCCUCAAUUGUCACUGGAGUAGAAGAAGGCCGUCUGAUCUUUGACAACUUGAAGAAGUCCAUUUGCUACACACUGAGCACCAAGAUCCCGGAGAUGUCACCCUUCCUCAUGUUUGUCCUCGCUGGUAUUCCUCUACCUCUGGGCACCGUCACCAUUCUCUGCAUUGACCUGGGCACUGACAUGGUUCCUGCUAUCUCCUUUGCCUAUGAAAAUGCAGAAAGUGACAUCAUGAAGAGACAACCCAGAAAUGCUGCAACUGAUAGGCUGGUGAACGAGAGGCUGGUCAGUGUGAGCUAUGGUCAAAUUGGUGUGAUGAAUGCAUUUGGCGGGUUCUUUACCUACUUUGUGAUUCUUGCUGAGAAUGGCUUCUUGCCUUGGGAUCUGGUGGGAUUACGGAUUGGCUGGAAUGACAGAUAUUUCAGUGAAGUGGAAGACAGCUAUGGCCAGCAAUGGACCUACGAGCAGAGGAAGGUUCUGGAGUACACAUGCCACACCGCCUACUUUACCAGCAUUGUGAUCAUGCAGUGGACUACUUUGCUUGUUUGCAAGUCCAGAAGGCUUUCCCUUGCAAAGCAGGGAAUGAAAAACCGAGUCCUCACUUUUAGUCUGUUUGAGGAAACUGCAAUUGCAGCGUUCCUGUCUUACUGCCCAGGCAUGGACAUUGCAGUCAGAAUGUAUCCAUUGAAACCUAUGUGGUGGUUCUGUGCCUUCCCAUAUAUGAUCCUCAUUUUCAUCUAUGAUGAAGUUAGAAAACAUUUCAUUAGGCAAAACCCAGGAGGCUGGGUGGAACAAGAAACAUACUACUAAAGCCAGAAGACUUUCUGUUGAACAUGAGCAAGGAGAGAUUGCAUCCUUUGGAAAACAUCAAAAUGAACACCCGUUUAGGUUAUUAAAUACGUCAGAUUACAGGGAUAUUCACCCAAAAAUGAACAUUCUGCCAUCAUUUACUAACCCUUUCACAUUUCUUUAUUCUAUUUAACACAAAAGAAGAUGUUUUGUAAGCUGAAACCAUUGACUUCUUUUAUUUAUACUAUGGGAGUCAAUGGUUAUGUUUUCAGCUUACUUUGUAAUAUCUACUGUGUUCAACAGGAUUAAGAAACGUAAAGGUUUAGAUUAAAGUGAGGGUGAGUAAAUUAACAUUUUAAGGAGAACGAUCCAUUUAUAAACAAGAAGCAUCCAAGUCAUUUGCACACAUGCAUGCGUAGUUGCUCAGCUUAUUAUAAUAGAUUCAUUUACAUUGAGUGUAUUUAUGAAAAUCCACAUUCAUGGCAUUUAAAAAAAAUAUAGGUUUCAACCAAGCUGCUAACAAGUUUUAGUUUUAACCUUUAGCACUGUAUUUAGCAGUGUAUUUCACUAUAAUCAAACAUUACUCUUUUGUUUUUCAUGCAAUAAAAUCCACAUGUUGGAUUAACGUGAGGUUAUGUACAGAACAGAGUACACUGUAUUGAUGAACAAUAAAGACACAAUAAAACAAAAACACAAUAAAA